AUGGGCGGCGUCAACGAUGGGCGCCUUCCAGUUGACCCAGGCGCCCGCGGCUGCUAUUGCUGCUGUCCCCUUCUGGGAUCCGCGCGCGCUCCAGGUGCGGGGGGGGCUAUCUUCGCUGAGGGCGAUGCCCAGGCCAUGGCCUCCUCAAUGGCGACGCCGAGCCCUCCGCUUCAGUCUGCACCCCCAGUGCCGUCGAGGUGCCUCGCCGUGGUGCCGCCGGACAUCGCCGCCCUCGCUGGCCACUGGGUGGGGCUGGAGGGCGAGAGCGUUGCCUGGGUCGAGGGCAACAGCGUGAUCUGGCCGGACGCCUCGCGAAGCGCGCUGGAGCCGGCCGAGGGCGGGGGCUUCCGCGUCUGCUUCGGCGGCGCCACGCUGCAUGCCCGGGCCGCCUCCAGCGGCCGCCUGGAGUGGGACGACGGCGACCUCUGGCUGCGGGGUGCCCCGCAGCGGGGGCCCUCUCCGGCCCCGCCCGCCGCCGCUGCGCUGGGGCAGCCGCCCAGCGAGCGUGGCGCGCCGGGUGGCCUCGGCGGAGGCUCGGCAGCACGCUGGUUGCUGGACGGGUUGCUGGCGCAGGCCAGCGCGCUGCGGUGCGACAGGGAGCGGCUGCGGGCAGACCUCGAGCGCGUCGAGGCGCAGCUCAGCCAAGUGGAGGACGCAAUCGCUGCAGAGCGAGCUGGCGUUCUUUGUCGAGCUGGCGCUCUUCGUCGUUCCUCGCUCGGCGUGGAUCUGGAGGCAAGCUCGGAAGCGCUGCCUCCAGCACCUGCGCCCGCUGGGUCUGACGAGGUCUCGGCCGAGGCCCUGCGGGAGGCGCUGCGCGAGCAGUGUGGGCUGCAGCGUGACGUCUUCGCCCCGGCGUUCGAUCACAGGUACUCGGGCUCGUCUUGCAGCAUGAGCCGCCGAGGAGAGGAGCCCUACAUCGUUCCAGGCUCUGGCUGGCAGAAGCUGGGGUUAAUGGUAGAUGGUAAGUACAAAGAUGGAGAGUGGCUGGACAAGUGCAAGUGGCCUGUGGUCUACCACGGAACGUCUGCGAGCCCUGGCGUCGUUUUUGGCAUUCAUCGACAGCGGCUUCAAGAUUAG